AUGGCGAGGUCCGUGGGUCGUGACCGCGCCUUGGAAGCAACCGCGGAGAGCGCUCAGCUUGUUGCGCAGCCAAACCCCGAGUAUGCGCCUCCGCGUUCCCAAGUGCAGGCUCGUCCUGCUGCGUCGGCGCCCGUGCGCCGUCUUGAGCGCGGGUUGUCUCUUCCGCUGCGCGGGGCGGAUCGUCACGCGUCUCCUGAGCAAUCCCGUGCUCCCCUAGUCGUCGCGUCGAAUGCCUUGCCGGCGCGUCAGGAGCGGGGCCGGUCCCCGCCGCCUCGUGGAUAUCGACCUGCGUCCCCUGCGCUUCGCGCCCCCGAGCCGCAUGACUCUCGGCGACGAUGGGACGAAUAUCAGCGGGAAAUUCAGCAUUGCGACCGCCGCUACCGCUCUUCUGAGAGGUCGCCGGAGAAGCGCUCCCCGCGGGAGCGGUCCCCUCCGCAGCGGACGCCGCGGCCGUCGCCUCCGCGUCGGGGUCGCGGGGCUCAUGCGGGCCGUUGGGAUUCUCGCCGCCGUGAGCAGUCCCCGCCCCGUCCUCAGUCGGCUGGGUCUGGAGGGCGUCGUGGGCGGCGGAAUGGUUAUGCGCGCGGCGGGGGUAGUCGUGGCCAGGGCUCCACUGCUGACCGCGCGGGGAAUAUGGUGGCGGAUGCAGUGCGGGAGGUGGAAGCGUCGGGGGCAGCGGCUCACGUUCACGUGUCUGUGACCACUGAGCCCCCCACCGCACCUGUUGCGGUUGAAGCCGCUCCGCUGCGCGCUCCGACCUUGCGGGAGUAUCUGCCAGCUGCAGCGUCGAGGGGGCCGUUCCGCGGACCCCGCCAAGCCCCAGGUUACCCUGCUCCUCAGAAUACGGUUGGCCAGACUCCGGGCCAGGUGGCGAUGUUUCUGCCGCGCGGAGUUCCGACUGCGCCUCUCCCCAGCCGCGCGGGGAGAGAUCCCACGCUGAGCAUGUGCCGGAUGUGGAAUUUGGCGGGGGCGGCUGAGGGGCUGGCGAGCCUGCAGCUGGCGGCGUGUGAGGCCAUGCGUCACACACCGAGCAGUUUUGCUCAAGGGACCCAAGGACAGUGCGUCGCUUGGGCAGGAGAGAUUGUCCCCCUUUUAUCGCCCGUGUCGGAUGCGCCCGCCGGGGUAGCACCCUUAGCCCGUACCUUCCCCCGCCUCGCUCUUGAUCUUCACGCUGCGGCUCAGCACGGGACCCCUGUUGACACUCUUCGCUUCUCGGCGGAGCUUCUCCACUCGAUGGCGGGGUGUCUUCUCGCGAUGCUUGAGGCGGAGGGGGCUGGCCUGUCACACCAGAGGAAGCCCAGUCGUUCGAGGUCACUGUGUCCCUUUCAUCGCCAUCGAACGCCCUUCCCGCCCUCUCUCACCUUUCUAUUGCCUGUAAUCACCGUUUUUGCUGGUGCUUCACCUUUCCCCUCCCCCCCUCAUGCGCCCAUCCAGGUCACACCAGAGGAAGCCCAGUCGUUUGAGGUCACUGUGACACCAGAGGAAGCCCAGUCGUUCGAGGUCACAGUCACCCUUUCAUCGCCGUCGAACGCCUUUCCCCCCGUCACCCGUGCGUUCAACAUCUCCUUCUGCUCUGCGGGCGAGUUCCUCAAUACCUCCUCGCUCACCUGCGACGAUUGCUUAGUUGGCCACUGGUGUGAGGCGGGGCAGCCCAUGCAGCCCUGUCCGGACGGGUUCUUCUCCUUCUACCCGCGGGCCACCUCCCCCUCCCAAUGCACUCCCUGCACCGACGACAACCUCGACUGCACCUACGGCAUCCUCACCGUGGGGUACCAGAGCUGGCUGGACCUGCAGUCUCUGAAUAACACCCCUACGACGUACAGCUGUCUGGUGGCGGAUGGGUGUGCGGGGUACGAGUACAACGAGCAGUGGGGGCAGACCACUGCCCAGGGAGUCAUGGUGCAGUGCCAGCAGGGCUACGACGAGUCCAUCCCCACGUGUGCGGGGUGUGUGGACGGCUAUUUCCUCGUGCUGCAGCAGUGCACUCAGUGCAGCAGCACUCUCACGAGGGUUUUCCCACUGCUGCUCAUCCUGGUCAUCCUAGCGUGGAUGGGAAUGAACAUUCUCGCCGACACAUUCAGCAGCAUGGACAUCUUUCUCAAUGAUCUCCAACUGCUAGUCAUGAUCGCCUCUUUCAACCUCAACUACCCUGACCGCUGGGUGCAGACUCUCGUGAAAAUCUACAACUUUGCAGUAUUUGACCCGGACGCCAUCGGCCCGCAGUGCAUAUUCAACUACACCUACGUGACGCCAUCGGCCCGCAGUGCAUAUUCAACUACACCUUCAUCUCCGGAGUUUCAUCUCCCCACCUCCCUCCUGACGUUUCCCGCUUCCCAACACCCUUCACCUCCCCACUCCCCCACCCGUCAACAGGACGCCAUCGGCCCGCAGUGCAUAUUCAACUACACAUUCAUCUCCAAGUUCUACCUGGGGAUCUUCAUCCCCGUUAUAGGCCUCUUCGUUUACGCGCUGCUGUACGCGCGGCACCGCUGGUGGGGUGGCACCACGUGGAUGCACAUCUACUCGUGGACCCGCGGGCCCAACCCCCAGGCACGCCUCAUGCGCUCGGUGACAAGGAGGAGAGCUUAUAACGAGUAUGAGAACUCGAUCGUGCACGCGUCGCUCAAGUGGCUGGACCUGUGCUACGUCUCAGUGAUGGUCCGCGUGCUGUCUGUCUACAAGUCCAUGACAGUGGGGGACGCGGUGCUGAUGGCAGCAGCGCCGCAGAUCGCAUGGUUUUCAUCGGCGCACAUCGGCAUGUUCACCGUGUCGCUGCUCGUCUCCAUCGUCUACCUCCUCGGCCUGCCCCUCUUCUUCGCCGUCCUGCUGCUCGACGCACACGCCUCCGACGCCCUCUCCUCCAACCUCUUCCGCCAGAGGUUCGGGUGGCUCACGGAGCGGUACAAGCGCGACUUCUGGUGGUGGCAUCUGGUGACAAUGGUGCUGCGCCUGGUUCACGCGCUCGUGCUUGUGUUCCUGCAGCAAGACACUCGCGCGCAGAUCGUGAUCAUCCUCCUGCUCCAAGCACUGCGGAUCGGCUCACAGUACAAGUCGUCGCCGCUCGCCUCACUCUCCCUCGACUAUCUCCAAGCCUUCCUCUCGCUGGGUCACUUCUUCUUCACCCUCGGCCUGCUCUGCUUCAACUACAUCAAACUCCCCGCCUUCUCCCAGGCUGUCUUCGCCCUCUCCUCCCUCCUCAUCCUCGCUCCCGCCGCCUUCUCCCUCGUCUUCGAAGCAAUCAACAAGGACUUAGAAAUAGUAAACCGGCAGCUGUUAAACCGAGUGUGGAAGGGCGAGCGGCGGAGAAAUAAAGCCAAGUAUGACAAAAUGGACCCGUAUGACUUAGUCCCGCCGCAGGAGAUUUCUGCGUGGUUCCGCCCGCACGUCGUCUUCCCGCUUCUCUUAGCUAAGCGCGCGCACGAGCGGAAACUUCUGCUGAAAGUUCGCGACCGCGUGCAGACAU